AUGGCAAAAUUUGGUGUUAUAGGUGAUCCAAAGGAUGCCGUACGAAAGAUGAUCCGUGCCCUGCUGAAAUGGGUCGAAGAACGCAAAACACGCACGGAAUGUUUAGGAGAGAUUGCUUACUUAAUUAGCGUAUACGGUGAGAACGUGUGUCAGCCAAGUCCCGCGAAAGCGCUUCCCGCCAUUGCUGCACAGAUCGCUGACCGAGAUAACAGCGUAAGGAAUGCUGCACUCAAUGCCAUCGUCGAGGUUUACAAUCUAGUUGGUGAAACAGUCUAUAAAUAUAUUGGAAGGAUAUCUGAGAAAGAUCAAAGUUUGUUGGACGAACGCAUCCGUCGAGCGGGUAAAUCCAAAACUGCUCUGACUGAACGGGCUAAAGCAACCAGUCAGUCAACAAAGAAAGCCAGUGAAACUGUCGCUACUGUUGAGAAACCAUCAAAAUCAGCUAAUACAACUCAAAGCAAAUCGAUUUCAGCAAAAGUUGAGCCUGCUGUCCAACAGUACUUUUCAUUGGAUUUCGAUCAAAUCGAGGCGGGAUCAGGAAAAUCAAGCAAUGCGUUACCAUCUUUAGUGACCAAUGACGACGUAAAUGAUUUAUUAAAUGAACCCGUACCUUCAUUGCCUAGAAUAACGAGUUCAUCGUCCAGUAGUCCAGGUCGUAAGAUGUUCUCACCCAGCAGCUCUUCGGCGGCCGUUGAUUAUUGCGUAUCUCAAAUCGCGAGCAACGAAAUCAAGAUGGCCAUUACGGCUUUGAAAGAAUUGGAUGAUCACUUCAAGGAUAAGGGGUCAGCGGUGUGGUUAAAACAUCUCAAUCAGUUCCUCAUUGCUUGUAUUCUUCAACAACGCAUGAUUCUAUCUACUCACAUGUUAUCGGAUUCUCAUCAAGAAGAAGACAUAAUAAACCUGUACAAAGCCAUUUUUAGCUCCUACUUCACACUGUUCGCCGACUCAACGCUUGCUCGGGCGAUACCGAAAGAGAUUCUGAAGGAUCUUAUUCACGUGAUGAUAACGACUUUGUUGGACCAGAACUUAAUAAAGCUUUACGAAGGUCCUCAGGUCAUCCGAUGCGUGAAUAAACUGAUGCUUAACAUUACCGAGAAACCAAAUAGAAAUUAUAUACUGGGCUCCUUGAUUAAAUUGCUUCAAGACAGCGUGACGCAUUAUUCUAGCGCUCCGCAGUUCAUUGAUCUCAUAAUGAAGUGCUUAUGGCGUGUAACGCGAAAACUACCUGUUACUAUACAAGAUCUUGAUUUAAGUCAAGCUUUACUAGACAUUCAUCUAUUCGUUGAAGCACACCCUACUUCAACAUGGAAGCAUCGUCCUGACGAUACUCCAUUGAAAACUAUCAAAACCCUACUGCAUUCUUUGAUUCGAAUAAAGGACAAGCAGAUUUUAGAUCAUAUAAAUUUGAUAGAGAAUUCGGAGCAAAGUGAGAUUUUCCUGUACAUACGUGCGACGUUAAAAUCCAGUCCACCCAAACAACAGGUCAAGAAACAGACGUCCGUACAAGAUGAAAAAUCGUCACGUGAACUCACGCCGCAAACGCCAAUAACUCCGAAGAUGAAAACACACAAGCUUAGUCAGGAUAUACACGACUCUCUUGGUGAUAUUUUUAAAAAGAUUGGGACCAAGGAGACUACGAAAGAGGGUCUCGUGGCUCUUUACAAUUUUCGACUAAAGCAUAGAGAUGUGGACAUAGAGCCUUUUCUCGAGCAAACGUCGGAUUUCUUUCAAAAAUUAUCGCUCGAGAAAAUAUCGAAGUGCGACAAACCGCCGCAUCAACUACGGAUCGACCUUUUGUAUUUAGAAGACCCAUCCUACUUUCGUGAUCGGCUUGCUUUAUUGCAGAAAAAAUAUGGAAAUAUUCGCGCAAAGGAGCCAAAACCACAAAGUGCUGAUAUGGAAGCCGGCUAUGAGAGGUCGGGAGAGAGUUCGACGGAUCUUUCAGAACUACGUAAGCGACUCGAGAAAAUCAAGAAGAAAGCUUUAUAG